AUGGAGAAUGAAGAGGGUUACACAGAACUUCAUUUCAAAGGAAGGAAGAAAAGCUCCAAUGCAGAACUUCCGUCUAAUUCUUCAGGCUUGCGGUAUCUUGCUGCUUUCUCAGGAUUUCUGAAUGUUGUAUUUCUGGGAGCUGUGAUCACAUUAAUUCAGCAAUGUGACUUGCUAUCAAGUGACAUGUGGAAGCCCGGAGAAAAUCUUUCUGAAAGUGACAGUACCUUUGAGGAAGAUCUUCAUGAAAACAGCUUACUGACUACAUUAAAGGAGAGCUUAUGCAUGCAUACAAAUGACUCCAGAUGUGAACUCUGCCCCAUUGGCUGGAAGCUGCAUUGUGGAAGAUGUUAUUUCUACUCAGAAACUCGUGACACCUGGGAAAAUAGUAGAAAGUAUUGCUCAGGAAAAAAAUCUGACCUCCUGGUUAUAGAGGAUAAGACUGAAAUGGAUUUCUUAAACAAAAUGAAGGAUAAAGACAUUGGCUUUGUUUGGACUGGAUUAAGCUUUGAUGAGAGGGAAGGAAGAUGGGUAUGGCUCAAUGAUCCCAAACAUCCAGGGCACAGUUUUACAAUAAAAGGAAGGAAGAAAGAAGAAAAAUGUGCUGCCUAUAAGUUGACAGAAAUGCAUGCUGAUAACUGUCACUCCCUGUACAAGUGGAUUUGCAAAAAGAGUGCAGUCCUUCUGGGUAUCUAAGAUAUUGUAAAGUGAAAGUGAAUAGCAUCUUUGAAGGGUCUUUGAAGGUUUACACCACUUUACAAUGGGUAGGAUAUCUGAUGUAAAAUGAAGGGGAAAUGGUUGACCUGAAUUGUGAUGAAUCAAUGCAUUGUGAUUCAGGGUUGUCUCUCUCUCCUUUUCAGGAUGAAGGUAUAAAAUCUAUCUGUCUUUGCGCACACUAAUUGCCCCUUACAGCUAUUAAAAUAAACAGCUUACUAAUUUUAAGUAACUUAUAGUGUCUGAGAGUU